CUCACUUUCCAAAACUUUCUCUCUCUCCUCUUUCUCUCUGUUUAUUUAUUUCCUCCCAAACUUCACAGAGUUCUCAGCGUAUCAGCAACGAAAACCAUUGGCAAAACUCCAAAACUUGAGCUUUGAAUUCAACUUUCUAUUGUUUCUCUCUCUUCAUUUCUAUAUGAACGGUUAGAGAGAGACAGAGAAAGAGAGACGAGUUGCGGAGUUCAGUGUAGGACUUUCUCUGAGCUCGGAGUUUUAGAGAGAGAAAGAAAUGGCUGGAAAUGAUUGGAUAAACAGUUAUCUAGAGGCGAUUCUGGACGUAGGGCCAGGUCUUGACGAUGUGAAGUCGUCGCUGCUUCUGAGAGAGAGAGGCCAUUUCAGUCCCACUCGCUACUUCGUCGAGGAGGUCAUCACCGGAUUCGAUGAGACCGAUCUCCAUCGCUCCUGGGUUAAGGCAGCGGCGACGAGGAGUCCUCAGGAGAGGAACACCAGAUUGGAGAAUAUGUGCUGGAGGAUUUGGAAUUUGGCUCGCCAGAAGAAGCAGCAUUCAUGGUCUAAUAAGGGGUGAAAAUAUGGAGCUUGGUCGUGACUCUGAUACUGGUGGCCAGGUUAAGUAUGUUGUCGAACUUGCAAGGGCUUUGGGCUCAAUGCCGGGUGUAUAUCGGGUUGAUCUGCUCACUAGACAAGUAUGGUCACCGGAUGUAGAUUGGACUUAUGCUGAGCCCACAGAGAUGCUGACUCCAAGUAAUGCAGAAGGUUUCUCAGAUGAGAUGGGUGAAAGCAGUGGGGCUUAUAUCAUUCGUAUACCCUUUGGCCCAAAAGAUAAAUAUAUUCCCAAAGAACUUCUUUGGCCUCACAUCCCUGAAUUUGUUGAUGGUGCUCUGAAUCACAUAAUACAAAUGUCGAAAGUUCUCGGGGAACAAGUUGGUGGUGGAAAACCCGUUUGGCCUGUUGCAAUCCAUGGGCAUUAUGCAGAUGCCGGUGAUUCUGCUGCUCUGUUAUCUGGGGCAUUAAAUGUACCAAUGCUCUUUACUGGGCACUCACUUGGUCGUGACAAGUUGGAACAACUCUUAAAGCAAGGCCGUCUUUCAAGGGAUGAAAUAAACAUGACAUACAAAAUAAUGCGCCGCAUAGAGGCUGAGGAACUAUCGCUUGAUGCCUCUGAAAUUGUAAUAACUAGUACUAGACAGGAAAUAGAGGAGCAAUGGCGUUUAUAUGAUGCUUUUGAUCCAAUACUGGAACGUAAAAUCCGUGCAAGGAUCAAGCGUAACGUGAGCUGUUAUGGGAGGUUUAUGCCACGCAUGGUGAUAAUUCCUCCAGGAAUGGAAUUCCAUCAUAUUGUUCCACAGGAUGUGGAUGGUGAAACAGAAACAAACGAAGACCACCCUACUUCGCCAGACCCUCCUAUCUGGUCCGAGAUAAUGCGCUUCUUUACCAACCCUCGCAAGCCUAUGAUUCUUGCCCUUGCUAGACCAGAUCCCAAGAAAAACAUUACAACUUUGGUCAAAGCAUUUGGAGAAUGCCGUCCCCUAAGGGAGCUUGCUAAUCUCACAUUGUUUAUGGGUAAUCGAGAUGGAAUUGACGAAAUGUCGAGCACAAAUUCUUCUGUGCUUCUCUCAGUGCUUAAGCUUAUUGACAAAUAUGAUUUGUACGGUCAAGUUGCAUACCCGAAACACCACAAGCAGUUCGAUGUUCCUGAAAUUUAUCGCCUAGCUGCAAAGACUAAGGGAGUUUUCAUUAAUCCAGCUUUCAUUGAGCCCUUUGGACUUACACUGAUUGAGGCAGCAGCACAUGGUCUGCCACUUGUUGCCACAAAAAAUGGUGGUCCAGUUGACAUUAUUCGGGUACUUGACAAUGGUCUUCUUAUUGAUCCCCAUGAUCAGCAAUCUAUUGCUGAGGCUCUUCUGAAGCUUGUUGCGGAUAAGCAUCUCUGGGCAAAGUGUCGGCAAAAUGGUUUGAAAAAUAUUCACCUAUUUUCAUGGCCGGAGCACUGCAAGACUUACCUCUCCAAAAUAGCUAGUUGCAAAGCAAGGCAUCCACAAUGGCAAAGGAAAGAUGAUGAUGGCGAAACUUCAGAAUCAGAUUCACCUGGUGAUUCCUUGAGAGAUAUCCAGGAUAUAUCUCUGAACCUUAGGUUUUCACUGGAUGUGGAAAAGAGUGGGACUAGUGGGAAUGACAACGCUUCAGAAUUGGAUGGAAAUUCUGCUGAUAGGAGUAGUAAGCUAGAGAAUGCUGUUUUGGCAUGGUCUCAGGGCAUUUCAAAGGAUUCCCGAAAUGCGGGUCUGACAGAGAAAGCCGACCAAAACAGCUCUGGGAAGUUUCCAGCUCUGCGUAGGAGGAAGUAUCUCCUUGUUAUUGCUGUGGAUAGUGAUAGCACUACAGGUCUUCUUGAAACAACCAGAAAGAUUCUUGAAGCCGCAGAAAAGGAAAGGAGCGAUGGCUCUGUGGGGUUCAUAUUGUCAACAUCCUUGACCAUUUCUGAGAUUCGCUCAUUUCUGGUCUCAGGGGGCUUGAACCCAAAUGAUUUUGAUGCUUUUAUCUGUAACAGUGGCAGUGAUCUAUACUAUUCUUCUCCUAAUUCAGAGGAUCGUCCAUUUGUGGUCGACUUUUAUUACCACUCACAUAUUGAAUACCGUUGGGGUGGAGAAGGGUUGAGGAAGACUUUGGUUCGUUGGGCAGCUUCAGUAACUGAUACGAAGUCUGGGAGUGAGGAACCAAUUGUUGUCGCUGCUGAUCAACUUUCAACUGACUAUUGUUAUACUUUCAAAGUACAAAAGCCAGGAAUGGUUCCUCCGGUUAAGGAGCUUCGGAAGUCGCUGAGAAUUCAGGCUUUACGUUGCCAUGUUAUUUAUUGUCAAAACGGGACCAGGCUCAACGUAAUUCCAGUAUCGGCAUCUCGCUCUCAAGCGCUCAGAUAUCUUUACGUUCGAUGGGGUGUGGAGUUGUCAAAAAUGGUGGUUUUCGUUGGUGAAUGUGGGGACACAGACUAUGAAGGAUUGCUAGGCGGGACACACAAGAGUGUAAUAUUGAAAGGAGUUUGUAGCAACGCAAUCAGUCAACUCCAUGCUAACAGAAACUACCCUCUCUCAGAUGUCAUGCCAAAUGACAGCCCCAACAUUGUGCAGACAACCGAAGAUUGCAGCAGCAGCGACAUUCGGGCUUCCUUGGAGAAAUUAGGAGUUCUCAGAAACUAGAAAGUUGCAUUUGCUAAAAGCCUUACAAGAAUUUUCAUCUUGCUGCUUUUUUUUUUUUUUUUUUUUUUUUUUUUUUUUUUUUUUUUUUUUUUUGGAUUUGUUUGUGGAAUUUCCUCAUCAAUCCUCAAUAAUUUUUUUCUCCC